UCCCGCCGCUCCUGCCGCUCCUGCUGCCGCCGCGCCCGCCGCGCCGCCCGCUGCUUCUGGGGAUGGCAAGGCGCCGCUUACGCCGCUGCAGAUCAAGGAGAUGAUGGCCAACGCGCAGAAGAUGAUCGAGAUGCGGAAGAAGACGCUGGGCGCGCUGGCGCCGGGGGGUCUGGCGCAGCCAGGCCUGGCGGCGACCAGCGGCGAGGCGCCGUUCACCGACAAGGCCAAGAAGAUCGCUGACCUGCAGGCCGAGAUCGCGGCCAAGCUAUCGUCGCUGCCGGUACGCUCGACGGACCCGGCCGACAAGCCGCGCCCGCUCAUCCUGGACGACCACGGCCGCACGGUGGACGCCUCGGGCAACGAGGUGCAGAUCGCCGCCCGCAUGCCCACACUGAAGGCCAACAUCCGUGCGAAGCGGCGCGCCGAGUUCCGCCAGCAGCUGCAGGAGCGGCCGGCCGAGGACGUCAGCGAGCAGGCCUUUUUCGACCCGCGCGUCUCGCUGCGGCCGUCGGCCCGCGGCCGGCGCGCCUUCAACUUCCACGAGCCCGGCCGCUUCCAGCAGGUGGCCGCGCGCAUGCGCACCAAGGCGCAGCUCGAGAAACUCCAGAGCGAGAUAGCGCAGAUCGCGCGCAAGACAGGCAUCUCGUCGGCAAUGCGGCUGGCCAUGGUGGCGCCGCGGCCGGCCGGCUGGCAGCCGGCGGCCGACGGCGGCCCGCCCGCCAUCGAGUGGUGGGACCAGGUGGUGCUGCAGGCCGACUCGUACGGCCCGGAGACGGACGAGCGGCCGCGCGCCGAGCGGUACCAGGGCGUCACCAGCCUGGUGGAGCAUCCCACGCAGAUGGCGCCGCCCACUGACGGCGGCAAGGACGUGUUCCUGCCGGUGCUACUCACCAAGAAGGAGCGCAAGAAGCUGCGGCGCACCAACCGUCGCGAGGCCUGGAAGGACAAGCAGGAGAAGAUCCGGCUCGGUCUGGAGCCUCCGCCGGAGCCUAAGGUCCGCAUGUCGAACCUGAUGCGCGUGCUGGGCAACGAGGCCGUCCAGGACCCGACGAAAAUCGAGGCGCACGUGCGCGCCCAGAUGGCCAAGCGCCAGAAGACGCACCUGGACGCCAACGCGGCGCGCAAGCUCACCACCGAGCAGCGCAAGGAGAAGAAGAUUGCCAAGAUCAAGGAGGACACGUCCACCGAGAUCCACGUGGCGAUCUAUAGGGUAACGGAUCUCUCGAAUCAAGCAAAGAAGUUCAAGGUAGAGACCAACGCCAACCAACUGUUCAUGACGGGCGCGGUGGUGCUCUUCAAGGACGUAAACGUGGUGGUGGUCGAGGGCGGGCCGAAGCAGCAGAAAAAGUACAAGAAGUUGAUGCUUCAUAGAAUCAAAUGGGAAGAGGACAUGGUGAAAGGAAAGGAAGGAGAAGAGGCCGAAAACAAAUGCGUCCUUAUAUGGGAGGGCACCACCAAACAGCGCAGCUUCGGCGAGAUCAAGUUCAAGCUGUGUCCCAACGAGAGCUUCGCGCGCGAGCACUUCCGCAAGCAGGGUGUGGAACACUACUGGGACCUGGCCUACAGCGCCGCCGUUCUGGAGCAGGAGGCCACGUGAUCACCGCCCGCUGGAGCGGAAUGGCACGUGGUCACCGCCCCGCUGGAGUGGGAUGUCUCGUGGUCACGCCCUUUCUGGAGCGGGACGUCACGUGAUCGUGCCCGUGUUGGAGCGGAUAUCGCGUGAUUGCCCUCCCUCUGGAGGUUGAUAUCACGUGACUGCCGCACUGCGGGGCUGGAGGCAGCCGGAUGGCCGCCGCGCCGAAAUACGUUUUCCCGUGACCACUGCCGUGUCGGAAGGGUGCCAACGCGACGUGAGCGGUGUGGAGCCGGCCAGCGCAUGUGACGAGCGCUGUGAAUAACGGCGAACGCGGUUGCCGCCGCGCCGAAGCGUGCCGCCCGACGACAGCUGGCGGCGGCCGCGUGCAGCCCGCGCCGGUGUAGGCAGCCGCCGGCAGCGAGCAGCCACGGGGACCGGAGGGGUCGGCUCUGGACCAGCCAACUGCGGCCGGGCCGA